UCCAAAAGGGCCUUGUGGCCCUAGGUCACCAGUUCAAAUCUAGCCCAGGUGUGUAGCUCCUGGGUUUUAGCAUCUGCUGGCUGCUUGGUGGCCUAUGUCACAUUGGGGAAGGCAGAACUGAUCUCAGUUUGGUUCUUAGCAGAGACGUGUUGGCAGGUGGCACUGACUGGUAGUCUUAGCUGAAGCCAAAGACUGAAUGAGCCGUGCAGAGGUGGGUCGCCCUGCCCCAGGAAUCUGUAGAACAAAACUCUUCCCAGACCUUCUAGUCAAUCCAGGAAAAUUAAAUGGGGAAAAAUAUUCUGAGGAAGUUUGAGACAAAGAAGUCGGAUUAUGAGGAGGAUAAAGGGACAGGACUGAGGGGAACUGAAUUGACCUCAGUAUGAAGGCUAAUUGCAGCUAGAGCACAAACAUGAAGUGAAAUUUGAUGUACCAUGAGGACAUUUCAAUUCAACUCUCAGGCUGUGACCCGUGAAUUACAGAACAGAGAGGAAUAUCAGCGGGUAGCACCUAAAUAACUGUUCACACAGGGAUACUCAAACAUAGCUGGAAACUCUCUGCAUAGCUGAGACACUGAAUUAGGUUAACAAGUCACAUUUUACCUCUCAGGGAUUGUUUCCUGCUCCAACUAAAAGAGAUGCCCACAGAAGGAUUCAGUGGCAAUUACGUGGCACAUACACGGGUUGCUAACUGUGUCCAUGAACUACAAAUUAAUGGAGUCAUGGUUAUGACCCUGUAAUUAAGGUCACUAAUGCUGACCCCUUCUGCUCUUGUCUAAGCUUGCUUCUCAGUUGACUUUGACUCAUGGAACCAAUUGGGAAUUGGGACAAGCUCCCGACCAAUGACAGCAUCAACGAGAUCAUCCCCAAGAACAGCUCCAAUUCCAGCUCUCAGUUUACGGGAGUGCAGUUGAUCCAGUCCUUCAAGCCCCUCAUCAUCCCCUGCUACACCCUGGUGGUGCUGAUUGGCAUCUUCGGCAACUAUCUUCUCCUCUACGUCAUCUGUAGGACCAAAAAGAUGCACAAUGUCACCAACUUCUUCAUCGGGAACUUGGCUUUCUCAGAUAUGCUGAUGUGUGCAACAUGUGUUCCCUUUACCCUGGCCUACGCCUUCAACCCACAGGGCUGGAUCUUCGGGAAGUUCUUGUGUUACUUCGUGUUCCUGAUGCAGCCUAUGACAGUCUAUGUGUCUGUCUUCACCCUCACAGCUAUUGCUGUAGACAGGUACUAUGCCACGGUGCACCCGCUGAAGAAACGCAUCUCGGUCACCACCUGUGUGUAUGUGGUGGGUGGAAUCUGGUUGCUGUCCUGUGCGCUGGUGGCCCCUGCCAUCGCCCACACGUAUCACGUGGAGUUCCAGAAGGAGGGCUUUGCCAUCUGCGAGGAGUUCUGGAUGGAGGAGGAGAAGGAGCGCCUGGCCUAUGCCUACAGCACCCUGAUCAUUACCUACAUCCUGCCCCUCUCAGCUGUCUCCCUCUCGUACAUCUGCAUUACAGUCAAGCUGAAGAACCGUGUAGUGCCCGGUCACCCAACGCAAAGCCAGGCAGAGUACGACCGGGUGAGGAAGAGGAAGAUCUUCCGGCUCAUUGUGCUGGUGGUGGCUGCCUUUGGGAUCUGCUGGCUCCCCAUCCACGUCUUCAACAUCAUUCGUGACAUAGACAUCAAUCUCAUCAACAAGCACUACUUCCUGCUCAUCCAGCUGCUCUGCCACUGGUUCGCCAUGAGCUCCUCCUGCUGCAACCCCUUUCUCUACGCCUGGCUGCAUGACCGCUUCCGCAGUGAACUGAAGAAGAUGUUCACCUUCAAGCAGAAAAUCAUCCCCACUAAUAACUGCGUAGCCGUGAGCGUGAUGCUCUGAGGCCCGGAACCUGGUUUCUCUGCUCUCUGAUGGUCUUGCAUUCCUCUCACCCUUUGCAUCCCAAACUGAUACACACAAGAAUCAGCACAGCCACCUCCUGAAAUGCUGGCUCCUCCCAGGUGGAAGGCUGUGACUAUUUACGUGUUUAACAGCAGCCAACCACAUUGCACCAGAGUUCUGUUACAUGAAGUGAAUGAUGCUGUAUUCCACCACAAUUGCAUUGGGAGUUUGGGAUUUUAAAUUACAGAGGUAGAAUGUGCCCUAGUUCUUGCAAAAAGUGCCACCAGGUCUUUAAUGUGUGCAAAUCUGGGGUCCUUGGGUUUCUGCCUCAUCUGCUCCAGAAGUAUCAUGUCCUUUAGAACGUGAUGAAGCUCAGUACUCACUCAGAAGGAAGAGCACAGGGUAUCUCCACAUCUGCAUGGUCCCCAGAUGUCACCCAUCCAAGAACUGAACUUUAAGAAGCAGAAGUGCUUUUUUACCCAAAGCACGAUCAGCCUGGGGAACGCACUAUCACAAGGCAUCUUUGAGGUACAGAACAUAGCAGAUUUCAGAAUAAGGAUACCCAGAACACUAGACAGGACCAAAAUAUCAAAGGCAUACAUACCGUCAUGUGUAAGCCAAGCACUAACUGCAGAGGGUCAGGAAGACAUUUUCCCAGGGGCACUGUACUACAUAAUUGUCCAUUGUGGGGGCUUACACUUUCCUCAGAAGCAUCUAGUAUUGUCCACUGUGGCAGACAAGAUUGUGGACUAGCUGGAUCUCAGGUCUGGUCCGGUCUGGCAGUUCCUAUGUUUGUACAGCCUGCUUGCCUUGUUGGAUAUGACACCAUAAGCAUGAGCAGCAUCACUUCAGGGCAAUAGCCUGGGGAAAAGUGGAUUUGUGUCUAAUGGUAAUGUGGGUAUAUGUGAACAAAUACUGCACCAUAUUCAGCCCUGCAUAUAUGGGUGCACAACCCCCACCUCUCCUGAUUGAGUUAAAUAGGAACUGCUCCUCCAUUCAGCUGGCGUGAAAGGCUGACUUAUUGUGCAUAGUUCUUUCUUUCUUUCUUU